UGUCCAAAAACAACAAAAUCUAUAAUAGAUUAUUAGUCUAUAGCAUCGAUAGUUUUGCAUGAUCAUAGUCAAUAGUCAACACACACUUAUAUAAUAUCCGUCAGUAUCUUACGAUUUUGAUGUGCAUGCUUUUCUAAAGUUAGAUCUGCGCAUUGUAAGUACUUAACUUUCUCUAACUUUUUUCCUUUUGUCAUUUCCUCUGUAAUAAUUAUCAGUUGCUUCCUUUGUAUUUGCACAAACCAAACUUUGCGCUAUGUACACACUCGAAGUGUCAUCCAUAAAUUUUCCAGUAGAUAAAAAUUACGAGUCCACCAAUUGAAAGGGUAAAAGGGACCAACAUAUAUUAACUUGUUGUUCCAUUUUUGGUCUUUCAUUUCAUCAUCCAGAAUCAGAAAAAAAAUGGCAAGCAUUUCAGCAAAUGCAAUAGUUCUUGAACCACUAACAAAAGACAACUACGAUAACUGGAGCUGUUUGGUGAGAAACUAUCUUGAGGGGCAUGAUCUGUGGGGAGUUGUGACUUCUGUUUCUAAAAUGGGUGUGGGAUCUAAAGAAGAGGUGGAAGCAUGGAACAAGGUCAAUGCUAAGGUUUUGCAUAUUAUUCAACUAGCAUGCGGAUCAGAGAAUCUUACGCAUAUUAGAGAUUUUGAUAGUGCUAAGGAAGCUUGGAAUUAUUUUAGUGCAUUAUACGGUUCGGAAUUGAAAGCCGAGUCGGACAUUGAGCAAGGUGUGGUAGAUGAUAGUCUCCUUCACCAUAGACCACUCCAUAGGUUUAUUGAAAGCGGUAAUUGGAAUGAUGCAAAAUUAUUCAUGAAAAGGGAUGAAGCAUCUAUGUUUUCCACGUCUUCAUCGGGAAGGAGUAUUCUUCAUGUUGCAGCGAUUGCUGGUCACGAAGAAAUUGUGAAGAAAUUGGUGAAAGAAGGGAAAGAUAAGUUAGUGAAAAUGAAAGACAAUCGUGGAUACACAGCCCUAGCUCUUGUUGCUGAGUUGACUGGAAACACCAAAGUGGCAAAGUGUAUGGUAGAAAAGAAGGGAGGGCAAGUUGUUGACCAGGACCUAUUAUCUAUGAAAACCAACAAUGGUGAAAUUCCAGUUCUUCUUGCUGCAGCUAAGGGACACAAAGAAAUGACUAGUUAUCUUGUUCCUAAAACUCGGGUGGAAGAAAUGACAGAUAAAGAUUUUCACAAUGCUGUUUUGCUUCUAACGCGAUGUAUCAAUGCAGAAAUAUUUGAUGCGGCUUUGAGUUUACUCCAACGAUUCCCGCAAUUGCCACUUACCCACAAAUCAGAAUCAGAUGGCGUGCAGCCCUUAUACGCAUUGGCACGCAUGCCUUCUGUGUUCCCAAGUGGCAACAAAUAUGGAUUCAUAAGAAGAUUUAUUUACAAAAUUUUGAGAUUACGAAAAGUGCAAAACUUAUAUGGAAUUGUAACAAAUGUUGUUCUACCGGAAAAACAACUCACAACAUCUUCCACAGGUCGAAUACUUAUUCAUAUUCACAUGUUAUUUCAGGAUUUAGUAAUAUUAAAGUUGUCUGCGAUAAAAGAAAUAUACGAUCAGAAAAUGAUGCAUCGUCUAGUGCUUGAAAUAUUGAAUUGCUUGUCCCAAAAAAUUCAAGAAUUUAAGGAAUCUGAACUGAGAGAGGCUUCAGCAUACGAUGCAAUAUUGAAAGCAGCUAAGCAUGGAAAUAUUGAGUUCAUAGUUGCAAUGAAAAAAGCUAACCCUGACCUCUUAUGGUCUAUUGAUAAAAAUAAAAGAGGCAUAUUUUCACAUGCAAUUUUGAACCGUAGAAAAGAAGUCUUCCAACUCAUACAUGAUGCAAGUGUAAAUGGACGAAAGGAAAUUGUUAGAUGUCGUGUAGAUGCAUUUGAUAAUACCCUCUUACAUCUUGCUGGAAAUUUAGGGCCCUCCUUUGAUCUUCACCGUAGAUCUGGUCCUGCUCUCCAAAUGCAAAGAGAGAUUUUAUGGUUUCAGGAAGUGGAGAAAAUCGUGCACCCCAAGUGUAAGGAAGCCAAAAACGUAGAAGAUAAGAAGCCCCGUGAGAUAUUUACAGAAAGUCACAAGGAGCUAGUGAAAGCUGGAGAAAAAUGGGCAAAAGAUACAGCUGGUUCAUUUACACUUGUUGCUACACUCAUCACAACCAUCAUGUUUGCUGCAGCUUUCACUGUCCCUGGUGGAAACAAUCAAGACAGUGGAAUUCCCCUCUUCUUGAAGGACAAAACAUUUAAUGUUUUUAUAAUAGCAGAUGCAAUAUCUCUUUUCACUUCCUCAACUUCAAUCCUCCUCUUCAUUGGAAUUCUAACGGCACGUUAUGCAGAAAAGGAUUUCCUAAAGUCUUUGCCGCUUAAGUUACUUUUCGCUCUCAUUAUGCUUUUUUUCUCCGUGGUGUCCAUGAUGGUUUCCUUUUGUGCUUCACUUGCUAUGCUCUUAAAGGGACAUGAAGGAGUCAUAAUAACAGCUAUGUCAUUCGCAAGUAUUCCGGUGAUUGUUCUUGUACCUUCACAGUUGCGACUCUUCAUUGAGAUUUUCAAGUCUACAGUAUUGGCCAAAUGAAACUUACUGAUUAUUUAUUACUAAUUAUGACUAUGCAUUCAUGAAGUCAUAUAUGUAUUUGAUAGCAUGCAAGUGCUAAUUAAAUUCUCUAGGGUAUUUUUGUUAGACACCAAUUAAUAUGCUUUAGAAUACCAUAAGUACUAUCAACUAGUUGCAUGUGGAAUUUGAUUCAAAUAUUGCAGUAAGAGACUGUGGAAUCUGAUAGAAUUUAUGCAGAAAAAUUUGAACAGUAACAUCUGUUUUUGCAUUGUUCGAUCACAAAUAUUAUAGGUUCCAUCGAUGGAAAAAUAAAGAAAGGUCUUGUAAUGAA